GUCCCCUCCUGUGCCAGCUCCCCCACCCACCCACCUACCCCAAGCCGGCUUUUUUCUUGCUAUUUGUGCUCUGGGAAAACACGGCUGGGUUCCUGGAAGAGACGCCUAUUACCUUGGCUCUUGAGAAAAAGCGACAGCGCUGGGAUCUGGGCCUGGGCCUCUGCCUGCCCAGCCCAGUCUUGGAGCCUCAGAGCAUCUGGGCAACACUGUCUGGGAAGAGGCCCGGCACUCGGUCACCAGCCGGGAGAGUCACUGAGGGAUGAGGACGCCACAGCCCGGUGGAACGCACUUUCUGCUCUCGUGGCCCCGAGCGCGCAGCGCCCAGGAGCCAGGCAGAGCCUGACGCCCUGUCGUCUCCCCUCGCGCACGGGGCUCUGCAGGUGACCCGACCGGCCAGCUUCCUGCUGCAUGGAACGGCUGCAGAAGCAACCACUUACCUCCCCUGGGAGCGUCAGCUCCUCUCGAGGCUCCAGUGUUCCCGGCUCUCCCUCCAGCAUCGUGGCCAAGAUGGACAAUCAGGUGCUGGGCUACAAAGACUUGGCUGCCAUCCCCAAGGACAAGGCCAUCCUGGACAUCGAGCGGCCUGACCUCAUGAUCUACGAGCCCCACUUUACCUAUUCUCUCCUGGAACAUGUGGAGCUUCCCAGAAGCCGGGAGCGCUCACUGUCACCCAAAUCCACAUCCCCCCCACCAUCCCCAGAGGUGUGGGCAGAGAGCAGGUCCCCUGGAACCAUCUCUCAGGCUUCGGCCCCAAGAACCACUGGGACCCCGCGGACCAGCCUACCCCAUUUCCACCAUCCUGAGACAACCCGCCCAGAUUCCAACAUCUACAAGAAGCCACCUAUCUACAAGCAGAGAGAGUCCAUGGGAGGGAGCCCUCAAAGCAAGCACCUCAUCGAGGACCUCAUCAUCGAGUCUUCCAAGUUCCCUGCAGCCCAGCCGCCUGACCCCAACCAGCCAGCCAAGAUUGAAACCGACUAUUGGCCGUGCCCCCCGUCGCUGGCCGUCGUGGAGACAGAAUGGAGGAAGCGGAAGGCAUCCAGGAGGGGCGCAGAGGAAGAGGAAGAGGAGGAAGAUGACGACUCUGGGGAAGAGAUGAAGGCUCUCAGGGAGCGUCAGAGAGAGGAACUCAGUAAGGUUACCUCCAACUUGGGAAAGAUGAUCUUGAAAGAAGAGAUGGAAAAGUCAUUGCCUAUCCGGAGGAAAACUCGCUCUCUGCCUGACCGGACACCCUUUCAUACCUCCCUGCAUGCAGGAACAUCAAAGUCAUCUUCUCUCCCCUCCUACGGCAGGACCACUCUGAGCCGGCUACAGUCCACAGACUUCAGCCCCUCUGGGAGUGAGACUGGAAGCCCAGGCCUGCAGAACGGAGAGGGCCAGAGGGGGAGGAUGGACCGGGGGAACUCCCUGCCCUGUGUGCUGGAGCAGAAGAUCUAUCCCUAUGAAAUGCUGGUGGUGACCAAUAAGGGAAGAACCAAACUGCCUCCAGGUGUGGAUCGGAUGAGGCUUGAGAGGCAUCUGUCUGCUGAGGACUUCUCAAGAGUAUUUUCCAUGUCUCCUGAAGAGUUUAGCAAGCUGGCCCUGUGGAAGAGGAAUGAACUCAAGAAAAAGGCCUCUCUCUUCUGACCACCCCUCCCACUCCAUAACUGACCCUCUCUCCUGCUGCGUCAGGGCUCUGGAGCUGGGGUCGUAGACCCCAAAGCAUCACCCCUUAGGGGAGCAGGGAGGUGGGGCGGAGGUAGCGUUGGCUCCAUUCCCCAGGUGAGGAGGAACCAGGACCUCUGCAGUGCUGGGGUUGUGGGACAUGAACUUGCUUCCCCAUAAUGAGCUAGGGGGGCCUCCUCCCCUCAUCCUUGGUCCUCACUGCACAGGGCAAACCCAGUCUGGACUCCAGCACACACAGAGUUAAUGUUUGCACCCUCUCCCCACACUACCCCCAUAUGAAGGUCCCCACAAGAGAGUGAGGAGAAACGAGGCAGCGCUUAGUGGUCAGGCCUGUUGGCUGUCUUGACCAAUGGGUGGGUCGAACCCUUGGGCCUGCUAGGAGGAAGGUGAGGGUGGGAAGCAGCCAGGCAGGCAGGGAGAGCCCCAGGACCUUGUGUGCACCCAAGCACGCCUCCUCGCCUCACCUUGGACAGCUUCCCCUGCUUCUGGGCCUCUGGCUUCUCUGACUCUUAGCAGGAGCAGGCUCGAGCUCGGCCUCCAGCAAGGAGGCCACCCUGCCCUCCAGCUCACCUUGUCCUCUCCCUGUGACCCCUAAGCUUCAAAGCCUCUUGCUCCAGCCCUGUGGCUUCCCCAGAAGCCUUGGCUUAGAGUGGAGAUGUUGCAGAACCUCAGCCCGCCAUCAGCCUGCAGGCAAAGUCAGCUAGACUUUUAGCACCCAGGUCCCGGGCAGCACCCAGGCCUUCAGGCUCCUCGGGAUGGGAUUGAGAGGCCAGGCUGAAUGUCCUGGCUACCAUGUCCCGUCCAUCCCCGUGCAUCCCCACCACGCUGUCUAAAGAAUGUAAUUUAUUGGGGCACCCCCCAGCUGCUUUCUCUCCUAACUCUCUGCCCGACUUUAAUCACACUCCCAGCUUUUCUUCUCUACAGAAACAUAUGUGUACAUAAUUAUAUAUAUAUUUUUGCCUGGGUCUGGGUUUUGUUCCUGCCCAGGCUCUGGCAUCCCUUUCCACUGUGUGUGUGUGAUAAUGCUGUGGGAGGGGGACUCUGCUUGGAAUUAAAAGGUUGCAUUGGGCCCCCAAA